AUGGCCAUGCAUUCAGUGAUUAUCACGUCGAAUGAUGAAAAAGAAACAGGAGAUCAGGUCAUGGAUAGAAUAAGGAACGCAAUAAAUGCCAAGGAAGAAGGGUUAAAGAUAGACAAAAUUAGGAAGGCAAGGGAUAGAAAAGUAAUACUGGGAUGCCGAACGGAGGAGGAGAUAAAUAAAGUCAAGAAGAGAUUAAAACAGGCAGGGAAAGAUCUAAAUGUAAGCGAUAUAAAAAACAAGGAUCCACUUGUUAUCUUAAGAGACGUUAUGCAAUAUAAUAAGGAUGAAGAGAUAAUUAAGGCAAUCAGAACGCAAAAUAAACAGCUCUUCAAGGAAAUAACAGAAAAAGAGGAUCGUAUGGAGAUUAAAUACCGGAAAAGAACAAGAAACCCGCAUACGUCCCACAUUAUGAUGAGAGUUUCGCCUCAGAUUUGGAACCGUCUUAUCGAGGCUGAGGUCAUUCACAUUGACUUACAACGAGUAAGAGUAAUGGACCAGUCCCCCUUAGUUCAAUGUUCGCGUUGUCUGGAAUAUGGACAUAGUAAAAGAAUAUGCACAGAAACAACUGACGUUUGCAGCCAUUGCGGAGGCCCACACCUCAAAACAGAAUGUGCUGACUGGCUGUCUGGAGCAAUACCAGAAUGCAGAAAUUGCAACAAAGCGAACCAUGACAGAAAAGAUCACAACGCUUUUAGCUCAGACUGUCCGGUUAGAAGAAAAUGGGAAGUACUCGCCAGGUCGACCGUAGCAUACUGCUAA